AUGCAUCCGAUCCGCCUCGCGAGCAGCGACGUUGCUGCAGAGUACAGUCGGAAGCUCGACGAGCGGAUCAACGAGGACGCGCCUACGGGUAACCUGGACGAGCAAUGGGGAGCCCUCCAGAGCAUCGUCAACACAACGGCUACCGAAGUGAUCGGCACGACCAGAGGACGCAAACCCAAAGGGUGGUUUGAUGCGGAGUGCCAGCGAGUGACGGACGAGAAGAACGAGGCCAGGAAGCGUAUGCUCGUUAAGGGUACGCGCCGAAACUGUGAGCGAUACAGUGAGUUGCGAAGAGCAGAGAAACGAAUCCACCGCCGAAAAGAACGGGAGUACGACGAAACGGUACUUGCCGAAGCGGAAGCACAGUACAACGCGAACGAUAAGCGGAGGUUUUACGCGACUGUCAACGGUGUAAGAAGGAAAACCACGCCUUCCCCUGUGAUGUGCAACGACACGGAAGGCAACCUGUUGACAGACAAGACUGCGGUGGCGGCUAGGUGGAAGGAGCACUUCCAGCAGCUGUUGAACGGUGAAGCACGAGAGGGAAUCGUCGAGGACAGGAUACACGUUGAGGAAGAUGGAAAAGCUGUGGACCCGCCUACGUUGGAGGAAGUAGCUAAGGCUGUUAAAGAGCUCAAGAACGGGAAAUCCGCGGGAAAGGACGGACUUCCGGCCGAACUUUUCAAGCACGGGAGUACGCGGAUGACCGAGAUUCUGCACCAAAUCAUCCUACGCAUUUGGUGCGAAGAACAGCUUCCGACCGACUGGUUAGACGGGCUCGUCACCCCAAUCUACAAGAAAGGGCAAAGACUCGAUUGUGCCAACUAUCGAGGCAUCACAAUCCUCAACGCAGCGUACAAAGUACUCUCCCGCAUCCUGUGGAGCAAGCUGAGACCGAUGACCGAGACCUUUGUCGGCGAAUACCAGUGCGGUUUUCGAGCGGGUCGGUCAACGACGGAUCAGAUGUUCACACUGCGACAAAUCCUCGACAAGUUCCGGGAGUACAACCUGCAAACACACCAUUUGUUCAUCGACUUCAAGGCGGCGUACGAUUCGGUCAAAAGAAACGAACUUUGGAAGAUUAUGGUAGAACACGGCUUUCCGGCGAAGCUUAUAAGACUGAUUCGUGCAACGCUCGACGGAGCAAAAUCAAGCGUGCGAAUAGCCAACGAGACAUCUGAAGCUUUCGUUACGUUGGAUGGAUUGAAGCAGGGCGAUGCUCUCUCGAACUUACUGUUCAUCAUAGCGUUGGAGGGUGCUGCGCGAAGGGCAGGCGUGCAAAGAAACGGAACACUCAUCACUAAAUCGCACAUGCUGCUUGGAUACGCUGACGACAUCGACAUCAUUGGUAUCGACCGUCGUUCAGUGGAGGAGGCGUUCGUCCCUUUCAAGCGGGAAGCUGCGAAAAUCGGACUGACCAUCAACACUGCCAAGACCAAGUAUCUGGUCGCUGGCAGAGCGCGUGGCAGUGCAGGUGAUGGUGUUUCGGAGGUGGAAAUAGAUGGAGAAAGAUAUGAGGUGGUGGAUGAAUUUGUAUAUCUUGGUACACUCGUGACGUGCGACAACGAUGUGAGCUGCGAAGUGAAACGGCGGAUUAGUGCUGCAAACAGGGCCUUCUACGGUCUUCGUAGCCAGCUAAGGUCCCGCAGCCUAAGGACGCCUACGAAAAUCACGCUGUACAGGACCUUGAUACUCCCUGUAGCUCUUUACGGUCACGAGUCGUGGACGCUAAAGGAGGCUGACCAGAGAGCACUUGGGGUCUUCGAGCGGAGAAUCCUGCGUUCUAUCUUCGGCGGCAAGCAAGUAGGAGACCGGUGGCGCAGGCGCAUGAACUUCGAGCUGUACCAAGACUACAAACAUGCUGAUAUCGUAAAAGUCAUCAAGCACGACAGGCUGAAGUGGGCUGGACAUGUAGCCAGAAUGUCGGACGAGCGGGCGGCUAAAACGAUAUUCAGUAGCGAACCUGGACGGGGUCGUCGGCUUCGUGGAAGGCCUCGUACGCGUUGGCUGUGUGCAGUCGACGAAGAUGCAAGAGCGGCCAACAUUGUGGGCGACUGGAGACGAGCGGCCCAAGAUCGAGCAUCCUGGAAAUCUUCGAUUAGUUCAGCGUUGGGUCGAUAG